AUGUCUGAAACACUCAUUCAUGAAGAUAUCCUUUCAUUAGUGGUAUAUCUAUGCGAAUUAGCUCUGGAUGAUCAAAUUCGACGGUUAAAAUAUGGUAAAUUUCUUAAUAAUUAUACCACGUCGGCCAUUCAGCCAUUAUCAUAUGAAAAGAAUGUUGGAGCGGAAGAUUCAAGAUCAUCGGAAAUACCUACCGAAACGAAGACUCAACUAGAACCGUCACCGGCACAAGAUCAAAUAGUUCCCUCAACGCCAUUCGAUGCUAUUGAGAAAAAUGAAACAUUAGCGGAGAAGAAGAUUAUUGAUGGCAAAUAUGAAACAUUCUAUGAGAGUGAUGAUAUAAUUACUAAUGCACAUACGAUCAUUGGGAAAAUAUCAUUUGAACAAAUUGUCCUUGAUGACGGAGAAGAUCAAAUAGCAUCUAAAGUCGAGGAACAUCGUUGUGUCUAUACAGAGCCACAUUUCUUAGUUAAACUACCAGUGAACACCUCCCGGCAAGUAUUGAUUCAAGCAAAUGCGAAGACCAUCACUGAAUCAAAACCUAUUAAUUUAUCUCUUGUACAAAUACUCGUUUGUCUACUUGCGAAAGUACUAUUCAAUAUCAACAAUGAAACUCAUCAACACAUGUCAUUGAAUGACGUACUUUUCCAAGCUCGUAUGAAACGAGGAAAAGAACGCUUUGGGAAUGGCAUUUUCUAUCUUACGCGUCUCUUGAUUAAGUUAGAAAGGUUAUCCGAUGAAUGUAAAGUGCAAAUGAAUGACUUAGUUCAUCAAAUCGAUAGUAAACAAUCAACAUACUCUACAGAUAAUGCUGACAAGAAAACUAAAGCAAAAGAAAUGCAACAGAAAAUGUUCGAGCGUAUUGCGAAGAAACAACAGAAUAUUUUAGACAUAUCAACAAAUACUUGGACGCCAGAAGUUGCUUCUGUGGCCAGUACGAUGAACAAUAAUCUUGAAUGUUGUAUUUGCCAGAACAAGGAUGACAACGCUAUGCUUGGAUUUGUCGUUCGAUUGAAUCAUANCCUAUGUCCUUAUUGCUUUUAUGCGGGUAAUCAUGUUGAGCAUGAUGUCAACAUGUUUCGAAGCCUUGGUGGCGGCGUGUGUGACUGUGGUGAUGGGACUGUAAUGAAAUCUGAUGGUUUUUGCAAACACCACGGUUCAAACCGGAUUUCAGAUGGCCAUGUAUUAGGGAAACACAUUCGAAGUGCGCAGAUUGUUCUGCCAAGAUUGAUCACUCGAUUUGUUCAACAUUUACGUAGUCAUGCAUCGCCCACUCUAUCGAACUCAUAUGUAACUAUCGACGAAUUUGAUUCCUUAUCACCUUUAUUUGAUCUGCUCGAUGAUCUGUGUGAUACCGGUUCAACAAUUCGUUCGAUUUUCACACAUUGUUUACUUGAUACCGAAAUGUACAACCAAUUUAACGAACAAUCACCAUUAUCUGAUCUUCAAAAUAUAACCCACGAUGUCUAUCUCGAGCAACUGAAAGAAACGUCAAGCUUAUCUAUACCGUUGCUAUUGCAAACAGACGAGUUUUCCGAGUCUUUCGUUACUCAAGAGGCAAGAUGUCUUCUUGACGAGAUGCUUUUUUGGCUGAUGAAAUAUCAAAUUUCUGAGCGAUUACUGAAGUUCUCUCUUAUGUUAUUAACCGAGCCAGAUUUCAAAGAUGUAUUUACUCAAUCGUUUUUAAAUGUCUACGGAAUUGUCAUUGCUCAAAUGAUAAAAACGCAAAACAGUCGCGAGAAAAUUAAUCUUUCUCGACUUGUACAUAUAAGUGUUCAAUUAUUUUCCAAUACUCAUCUAACAACUCGGGCGAUUGAAAAUUAUCAUUUGAUGGAAAUCAUCCUUUCAUCACUUCAUGCAUUAUUUGAUCGUGUGAAAACCAAUUGUCAAUUACAAAAUCCAAAUACCAAUUGCCAUUUUGUUAUAUCCGAAGGUGAUUUCUCUCGAAGUAUGCAUUAUUGGCCGAUGAUAUCUGAUUUUAUGAAUAUUUUAUCACAUGAACAUGCCAGUCGACAAUUGAUAACUAAAGAAAACUUUCUGUUAACUUGGAUAAGUAUAAUUAAUGGAUUUCAGGGUAAAGCUGAUCAUCCUCUUACAUUAUUUGGUCAUACAUCAUUUAUAGGUAUGAAUGUCAAUCAUCAGAAGCCGGAGCUUGACAUCUUGCAUCAGAGUAAUACGAACUACCUUUUUGCUUUCACCAUUGAAAUUGAAUGUUGUGCUAUGGCACUAUGGACAAUGAUUGCUCAUAUCAUGACACCAGUAGGCUUCAUAGAUUUUCAUCAAUAA